UGAGACAGUCAGCGUGAGUGAGAGAGAGACAGGACCCUUCUUUAGACAGGAGCCCCAGCCAGUGCAGCUGUCCCUAGCAUUCCAGGCGUGUCGUCAGUCCACAGAUUGGAGAAUUAAAAGGGACUAGGGACUGUGGGGCCAUUCUGACACUUUUCCUUUGGUCGCUGACUUAGUUUGCUUUACUUUUCUUCCUUCGGACACUUCUGCAUUACAUCUAUCCCACUCUGUCCAGUCUUGGGCCAGAGGCCCCCAAUAUGGCGGACCAGUAUAGCACCAAUGAGGAGAAAAUCCUGAAAGAUAGUCACACCAAGGAGAUUGAUUUGAUCAACAGGGACCCUAAGCAGAUCAAUGAAGAUGUUGUGAAGGUGGAUUUUGAGGAUGUGAUAGCCGAGCCUGAUGGCACCCACAGUAUGGAUGGAGUGUGGAAGGCCAGCUACACCACCUUCACCGUCUCCAAGUACUGGUGCUACCGUGUGCUGUCGGCCAUCUUUGGCAUCCCAGUGGCGCUGCUGUGGGGCUUCUGUUUUGCCUGCAUCUCCUUUUGUCACAUUUGGGCAGUCAUGCCCUGCAUUAAGAGCUAUCUGAUCGAGACCCAGUGCCUGAGUCGAAUCUACUCUAUCUGCAUCCAUACCUUCUGUGACCCCUUGUUUGAAGCUCUAGGAAAAAUCUUCAGCAGUGUACGGGUGGCGUUACGCAAAGAGGUUUAGAUUUCUUAGACAAGUCCAGGUUUACAUGUUCAGUCCUUGGAGGAAAAAGUUUUAAUUUACAAAUAUCUAAUUUUGGAGUGUGGAUUUUGAGGUCCCUAAAAAUGAAACGACUACAUGAAUAAUAGAAUGCCCCUAUGCAGUGUUUUGUAUGUUCUCAGUUUAUGUUAGAGGCUUUGGGAGCAAUUCAGGAUUAGGCCACCUACUUUUUCAGAGAGACAAAAGGCCUCUCUGACCGACAAUGGAGAAUAAGUCUUAUCUGAUAUCAUGUGGUUUUUCUCUUUAAGUUUGACAGAUUUAAAAUGGAAUGUUGCUGAGUGUGGUAUUUUUAUCAUGACAAUGUCAGAUAUAUUCUGUACAACUACUAAUUAAAAAUUUAAGUGUAAAUAACAA